UUAAUUGAAAAUGACAUAUCAGUUCAUAGAAAAAUUAUCAUGACUUGUUUAUUGUGUUGACAUGUAUUCUGUCUCACAUUUCCCAAAGAAAUAUUAUAUGUUCGAAUUUUCUCGAAAGAUUAACACAUUUUCGCAAAUUUUAGAUUUUACGUUACAUAUAUUUUAGAAUACAAAAAAUUGUCAGCAUGGUUGUGAGAACUUACAAUGAUGAACUUAAGUACCUAGAAAAAAUAAGCAAUUGUUGCUGGAGGAUCAAGAAAGGAUUUGUGGACAAUAUGAACGUAGAGGGUAUAUUUUAUACAAAUGAAACUCUUGAGAAACUUAUGUUUUGAUGAAUUAAAAACAGUCCUGUCGGACUCAAGGUUAUGGAGGGUUUCUCCCAGGGAUGAAACAAAUAGGAAACGUGGCUGCUCUGCCUGGAAUAGUGGGGAAAUCAAUCGGUCUUCCUGAUGUCCAUUCAGGGUAUGGAUUUGCUAUAGGAAAUAUGGCCGCCUUUGACAUGAGUAACAAAGACGCAGUAGUCUCGCCUGGAGGGGUGGGGUUCGACAUUAACUGUGGGGUCCGCCUGCUCCGUACCAAUCUGAUGGAGAAAGAUGUGGCCCCUCUCAAAGAACAGCUCGCUCAGUGCAUGUUUGAUCACAUCCCAGUUGGUGUGGGCUCGAAGGGAAUCAUUCCCAUGACAGCACAGAAUUUAGAAGAGGCAUUAGAAAUGGGCAUGGACUGGUCUCUCAGAGAAGGUUAUGCGUGGGCGGAGGACAAGGAGCACUGUGAGGAGUACGGGAGGAUGUUACAGGCCGACCCCGGAAAAGUCAGCAGCCGGGCCAAGAAAAGGGGACUACCCCAGUUGGGAACUCUGGGAGCCGGCAACCAUUAUGCUGAGAUACAGGUGGUGGACGAGAUCUACAAUAAGUUUGCCGCCAAAAAGAUGGGCAUCGAGUGUAAGGGACAGGUGUGUGUGAUGAUCCACUGUGGGAGUCGGGGGCUGGGCCACCAGGUAGCAACAGAUGCUCUGGUUGCUAUGGAGAAGGCAAUGAAGCGUGACAACAUUAAAGUCAACGACAGACAACUGGCGUGUGCCAAGAUUUACUCCCAGGAGGGUCAGGACUACCUCAAAGGAAUGGCUGCCGCCGCUAACUAUGCGUGGGUCAACCGCUCCAGCAUGACCUUCCUCUGUAGACAGGCCUUUGCGAAGAUGUUUGACAGUACCCCAGACGACCUUGACAUGUUUAUGAUUUAUGAUGUGUCACACAACAUUGCCAAAGUAGAGGAGCAUUUUGUGGACGGGAAACAAAAGACUUUACUGGUUCACAGAAAGGGCUCCACUCGGGCCUUCCCGCCCCAUCACCCCCUCAUUCCUGUAGAUUAUCAGCUGACUGGACAGCCUGUUUUGAUUGGAGGAACCAUGGGAACGUGUAGCUACGUGCUGACUGGUACACAGCAAGGAAUGGAUGAGACGUACGGAACCACGUGCCACGGAGCUGGUCGAGCUUUAUCCCGAGCCAAGUCUCGGCGUAAUCUGGACUACACGGAGGUCCUGUCAGCUUUGGAGGAGAAAGGAAUCAGUAUCAGAGUGGCUUCACCCAAGCUGGUCAUGGAGGAGGCACCUGAAUCUUACAAAAAUGUUACAGAUGUUGUAGAUACUUGUCACAUGGCAGGCAUUAGCAAAAAGGCCAUAAAGCUACGUCCUAUUGCGGUAAUCAAAGGCUAAACUAAGUGAUAAGACAACUUGACUUCUUGACCACAGGAAUGGAUCUUUACAACUGGUGCAAUACUGCUUUGGCGACCUCUUACUUGUAUCUGGUGGAGGAAGAUUCUAUGUUUCAUUCAAGACUUUAUGUUAACUUAACUGAAGUCUUAUUUAGUUGUAAGGGAAAAAUUAUAGCAUAUCAUCUUGCUUUGUAAUGCAACUUUUUAAACUUCAAAAGUGUGUUCAAUUUUGAACUUUUAAGACUUGUUUUAAAAUGUACAUUUCAUGCAGUUUAGUGGGUUUCUUUGUGUUUAUGUACAUUUACUGUACCUGUUUGUUUGUCAAAAGAGUCCCAAAAUGUAUCUUUGAUAUUUCAUAUAUGUGCCAAACAAUUUUCAAAGAAUACUUACAUGUAAACUGUUUGUUUCACUACAAAUUUUCCACAUGAACAUACACGUAUAUGACCUCCAAAAACUGAUUUGUUAAACUGUUUCAUUAAAAUACAUUGCCAAAAAUU